AUGUGUAUUUUAUAGUGAUAAUUUAUAGGUUGAUGACUAACCAGUGGUGACUAACGAGUUCAUUAAAGAAAAUACGGGAAGCAAGAAUAUGCAUAUCGUCGGGUAAAGUUUUGCUGCGCUUUCGUUGAAAACUCUGCCACCCGAUUUGGGAGUGUGGAAAUUAUUCAAAAGCAAGCCACCAUGGAAGCGUUUAUGCAAGAGUUUUCCAUCCCCAAGCACCAGAUACGGGAAACGUGGUGCCCGAAUCGGUUCGUCCUGCUGGUGCACAAGUCCUGGCUGCGAUCGUUGACCCAGGGCAAGGUGCCGAAAGAGUUCCCCACCUACGGCCUGGCGGACGCACUCGAAUGGCCCACGGAAAACGAAACGGGACCAUGGAGCAGAAUAUAUGCAACCGUAUACAAAAAACAAAACUCCAAAGUAAUCCCACUGCCGAAAAACAAGCAUUUAAACGGAGCAUCCGGGUCUGGUACGAACGAUCUGCUGAAUUCACCCCUUGGCACCACCAAUGGCGACGGUGAUGACCCGCUGCAUUACUCUCAGCUCCUGCAGUACGUGUCCACCACAAAUCACAAAAACGCUUGGAAAGCGGCCUAUCGAAAGUACGCUGAAUCGCGGCCUGAAAACAUUCCCUCGACGUCAUCAGCGCCACCGUACGCCGUGAGCAGUGCGUUCAGCGAGCGCGAUCCGUAUCAUCACCAUUCCAGUGUAAACAAAAGUACAAACGGCAGGAAGAUACCGCUACCAACGUCGACCGCGUCCACCGAUGGGGGAGGUGGUGGUGGUGGGAACGGGGUCGUUGGUGGCACACACAUAUCAGCGCCAGGAAGCCAACCGUCCACACUGCCCCACGAUGUGGUCUUUCGGGAGGUGUUGGCGCGCGCCUUCGGUUGUCCUGUGUUGCAGGGCAAGGAAGACCAUCCGUUGGGAUCACUACCUCCACCCGGUGGUGGUGAUGGGUCGCAGGCCAGUGCGAAUCUCUUUCCCGUGUUGGCAACCAUCGAGACGGGUUGCGCGUUCUACGUCCUGUACGAUCUCUACCUGGCGAACAAUCUGCUCGACUGUGUCACCUACAGCCCGGCGAUGAUGGAACGGUCCUACAAUAAGCCCCUGUUCAUCGUCUACCAGCUGCUGCAACUGAUGAAAAGCUUCCACGAUCGGGGGCUUAACUUGGGAGACGUUAGUCUGAAGGACAUCUACAUGACGGAGAACCUUUGGGUGCGCGUUAUGCCGAACCUGGAGGCGAAUCUGCUCGAGUACGACGAGGAGUUAAUAAGACAGCUCGGAGAGCUAACCAUUACCAACCAGGGGCCGGCGGGUGGUCAUCAGCCGGGAGCGACACUUAUGCGAACGUUAAAUGUGAAAGAGCUCGAGUUUCGGCAUUCGCUGCGAGAGUACUGCGAAAUGUGGUGCCACGGGCACCUGUCGAACUUUGAUUAUUUAACCAUCCUGAACAAUAUGACCGGGCGGAGGGUUGGAUGUGCCGAGUACCACCAUAUCAUGCCGUGGGUGACCGAUUUCUCGUCCCGUUCCGGGCAGGCGUGGCGUGAUUUGAAAAAGUCCAAAUUUCGACUCAACAAAGGCGAUGCUCAGCUUGAUCUUACGUUUCAGGCGGCCUCGGCACUCGUGGGUGGUUUGGGAAUCGGUGGCCAUGAGCAACCGGGUAGUAGCAGUCAGGUCACUGUACCCCAUCACGUCUCCGACGUACUGUCCGAGAUUACGUACUAUGUGUACAUGGCGCGUCGAACACCGAAAGCCGUACUCUGUAAGCACGUCCGGCCAAUCUGGGUUCCGGCCGAGUAUCCGGCCACGAUCCAACGCCUCUUCGAGUGGACACCGGAUGAGUGCAUUCCGGAGUUCUUUACCGAUCCGGCCGUGUUCAAGAGUAUCCACGAGGAUCUGCCGGAUCUGGAGAUUCCCAGCUGGUCGAGCUGCCCGGAGGACUUUGUGCUGAAGCAUCGCGAGCUACUGGAGAGUCAGUACGUGUCCGAGCGGUUGCAUCACUGGAUCGAUCUUACCUUCGGCUACAAGCUGACCGGGACUGCCGCCAUCCGCUCCAAGAACGUUUGCCUGUCGCUCGUGGAUAAACAUCAGAAUCUCUGCCAUCGGGGUGUCGUGCAGCUGUUCGGGUGUCCCCAUCCACCGCGCCAGUUCCCUACGGCCUGGAAUGGAAAGACACCACCUCGGUUGCAGCAUUUACAGCACGAAACGAAUCGCCGGCUAACGCGCAGCACUGAAGAUCUCACCCGGGUGCACGGAUUCCCUCACUGCGCACAAAUCGAUGGCGCUGGAUUCUCCGCCUCGCCGAUGCACAGGGAUCGUUCACCGGCGACGACGAUGAGUUCGCAGCAAUCCUCCGCCGCAUCCUCCUAUCGCCACUCCACCCAGAACCUCAAGCUGUCCGAGUCGAGCUACAAUAUUAACGUGCAUCAGACGAAACCAUCCCCCGGUUUGAUCGUGCUCCCGAGAACCUACAACCCGAUCGCGCAGCUGACGGCGGUGGAAAAUCUCGGCACGUUUCGGAAGAAAGUGUUCCACUCGGGUGGGUUCGAUCGAGAAGCGGCGCGCCAACCGGACGAGUACGAUCUGUGGUGUUCCCGGAUGGACGCACGGCCGGUUAAUGCCGGUGGGAACGCAUUCGUUAACCGUAUUUUCACUGAAGUGUACGAAAAGACACUUCAGAAGGAUCGUCCCACCGGAAGUGGUGGUCCGGAUCAACAAACGAUGGCCACAUCGAGACAGAAUCUCAAGCAGCUGCUACUGCUGCAGCGAACCAAAGAUCUCAAAGUGCUCGGCUGUUUGAUGGUGGAGAUUUUUCUUGCUCCAAAGUUGCUGCCGCUUGGAAGCUGCCUACGGCAGGACUUUGACAACCGUUUGGACGCCUGUACGCGCCUCGUAGCGGACGAAGCAAAGUCACUACCUCCCUGCAUCCUUACGAUCGUACGUCAACUGCUCGGGAUGGAAGGUACGACCGCAAUCGGGGAUGAACCCGUCGGCCCCGUGGUUACCGAUCGUGGACUGCCACCUCCUACCCCUCAUCAAUUCCUUCAACCGCUGCUCGCGAAUCUUCUCAUCCCGUUUCCCCCGCACUAUCACCGGUUGUAUCAAACCAUCCGCGCCCUUGGUGCCUUCGACGAGUGUCUCCAUCUGCUCGAGCUGCAGACGUUUUUCGAAUGCGAUGGGAAAAACUGUUCCCGGUAUGCGACACUCGAUAAAGCGCGCAUCGACUACCGGAGGCUGAUCGCCGAGUGUAAGGUGAACGCGUGCUAUGCCCUUGCCGAUCCGCUGCUAGCUCCCAGUGGCCACGGGGAACAGUAUUCCGCCGUCGAACUCCUCCUGCCGCACAUUGUCGAGCUGAUCCUCCACGAUGACACAUCCAUUCCGGCUGCCUGGAACCUGUUCGAUGUGAUCGCGACGGCACUCGGUGUACGGAAGACACAAGCGUGUCUCCUUCAACCGAUCCUCGCUCUUUACGAUUCCGACGAGAUGGACACGAUUGUGGGAGGCAAUGUGCGACCACCUGGUGGCACGAAACAGCCAGCAGCCUCGUCCGGUGGCGCACCACUCGGUAUGGUUGGUCCCCGGGUGGACGGUAGUACGGUGACACCGGUCUCUUCCUUCUCGCUCAAGUUCACUCCCCGUAACACGUCGUUCAAGUCGAAAAAAUCGGUCAAACUCUACCACCACAGUUUCCUGCUGAAGCUGAUCGUGCGCUUUGGUUUGCGCUGCUUUCUCGAGCACUUUGUCGUGCCACUGGUCGAAGCGGUCGGUGGAUACCGCGACGGGGACUUCAAUCCAUCAUAUCACGUCCACGAACCGACCUGGGGACCAUCGGGCGGUCCGUUCGGUGAGUUCCGCAAAUCCCGAUCGUACAGAAGCUUUAAGCUGAACGCUGCCUCGACGUCCACGGUGGAUGAUCCUUCGAUCGGCCCGGAUGAUGGUGGUGGACCCGUUGUAGCUGUGGACCCGGAACGCGAAGCACCAUCCCUCUCGAACACGCUCGUUUCGCCGAACUGUUCGGAUAAAACCAUCUCACCGACGGUGGCCGGCAGCGGUUUCAAUCCGCUCGACGAGGAUGAUCGCCACGACGGUGGCUCGCAGGAGAUGUUUGCCUUCGAUGAGGAUCCACAGGCGAAACGUCGGAGCACGGCGACGAUCGAGGACGACGAGGUGGUGGAGCAUGCGAUGCGUCGCAUCAUCGACGAUCAGGACGAUCUCGAGGGUGGGUUUGAGUUGAAGCUCAACCACUCGCAGGCGGAAGAAGCUUUCGAGGACACGGACGGGUUAACGCAGAACGAGCUAAAGUCCCCGACCAUCCCGAUACCGUCGUCUUUCCGGCGUAGCAUUGAGUUCAAUUCGAUCGGGUGCGAAAUCGGAAGCAAGAAGAGCAUCGAUUCGGGGGAAUUCCUGGCGAAAACACCCGAGGUGUCCUCGUCGGUAAAGGGAUCGGAUGGCGCUUCAGUGAAAGAGCUGAUCGUAGGAGGGACUGAAGGAGGCCCGCACCGUGGAUCGGUAGCUGGCUCAAGUGGAAAUUCGGUGUUGAACCGCACCAAAUCAACCGACUCCAAUAAGACGCGUUCCAAUCGAAUCUCGGAGAUGAGCUCGGAAAGUAUCAUCUGGCUGUCGCAUCGUCUCGGACCGGUCCUCACCGCCCGGUAUCUCUCACGAAACCUGCUCAAAAUGCUCACCCUCUGCUACAUCGGUGCGGAGAAUCUUUUCCCCGGGGCUGCUGCCACCGGUUCCGGUCGGGAAUCCAGUGCCGAUUCCUCACCCACGGGACCGCCGGGUGGAGGACCGGCCGGACUGAAUCACUUCUCAAUCGCCGAAGGAUCCGUAGUCGGCGACGAAGCUGCGCUUCGUGUGAUCGAUUGUCUCACAUCAAUCUCGGCGCUGUUCGGGGAACACUUUAUUCUCGUGCAAUAUCUUCCGCACAUAAGCGAGGUGAUUGCCCUCUGCCGGAAGAAGAUCACGCCAACGCUCGAGGGUGGCCUCAUCAGUGCGCUUCAGCUGCUCAAGUGUCUCGUACCGUACCUCAACGAUUCGACCGUGAUGGAGCAGCUGAAGGAGGUGUUUCUGCGCCAGAUACUACACCCCGCGGUACGAUUGCUCGAAUCGUCCAAGUACACCAUGCCGAACGGGUUUCUGGCUCGCUCGGUGCUCGCCCGUAAGCUAAUAGACGCCCUGUACGUCAUCUCGGUGCGAAUCGGGCGCGUGAUGACCCGCGAGAACGUUUGCAUGCCGGCCCUGCAGCGAUUCUUCCUCAUCUUCGACAAGGCAUACGCACGGCACCAGGAGUACUUUCCUCCCAUGGCAACGACGGAAACGUCCUUCGGUUCGCAGGUGGCCGAACAAGAGCGUGAUCCACCGUUCGGAAGCUGUACACCGCCGAGCGCGCUGCUCCUGCUGGAGAAGCACGGGAGCGCCACGUCGGCGGGCGAUGCCGCGAGUCAAGCGAGGGCGAAAGCGAUGGAAGAAAUACGGGACGUUUUUACGCCGAAUCUGGCGUACUGUAGUUUCGUUCCGUUCCUUCACUACCUCGGCCAGCAGGAGAUGGCACAGUGCGUACGCAACCUGCCGCUCAUACUGAACCUAUGCCACGAACACGAACAGAUGGACUACGGUGGAAGAGUGGCGUCGUCAAACCAAAACCAUCAGGGUGACGAGUCGAUGCAAAGCGACCCAUCGUCGCUGGAAGACGAACGGCAACAGCAGCUGGAUUCGCUCAACUGCUCCAACAGCUUCGGUUCCAAUAUCAUCGGCAAUCGGAUCGAAGGUGGUGCCCGCCAGGGAACGGGAAACUCGUCAGGCGUCACAACAACGCCGUCCCGAGUGGACCCGAAAGACCUGUUGGGGUUGGUGACGUACCGGUUGGAGAAUGUUAACAGUGCCCGCAACUUGCGUGGUAACUGGCUCGCAUACUGGGAGCAUGAGAUCGGCCGGUCGGAGAAGGACACCAAGCUGAACCUGAAGCAAAUCAAACUGCAAACCUACACCGGGCACUCGAGCUCGAUCAAGGCCCUGCUGGCGCUGGACAACGAGAACAGUUUUAUCUCGGCCUCAAAGGAUAAGACGGUGAAGUUGUGGUCGCUGCGUAGCGAGGGUGAUGGAACGAAGGUGUCCUCCUGUCAGUUCACGUACGCCAACCAUCGGAAGUCGGUCCAUUCGUUGGCAUUCUGUGAAGCGCUAAGGCUUACAAUCUCUUGUGACUCCGGCGUGCAUCUGUGGGAUCCCUUCGUAGGCUCCCAAAUCGGUCAGCUAGACGUGCCACGUCAUUCCCCGGUGUCGGUCGUGAAGACGUUCCCUUCGCCCAACUGUCUGGUGCUCGCGGGAACAGCCGACAGCUCGGUGAAGCUGAUUGAUGCGCGCACCUUCAGCUACUGCCACGAGUGGAAGAUCGCACACAUCCCGGCGGGAACGGUGCGCACGAUCGCGGUGGCACCCGGAUCGCACUGGAUCGCGGUCGGGCUCAAUACCGGGCACAUCGGUGUGGUUGAUGCCCGGACCGGUGGUAUUAUCUCGUCCUGGCGCGCGAACGAUAAUGAUCUGCUGCAGCUGUUAGCCCCGAACGAUGGCCAGCUCGUCAGCUCCAGCUUGGAUCAAUUGCUGGGCGUGUGGAAUCCAAACACUGGACAUCUACAGUUUCAUAUGAGGAACCGGCCGGAACCGGUCCACUGCAUGGUGAACAACGGCACGGAGCUGAUCGUCGGGACGCCAACGAACCGGAUCGGGGUAUACAGCGCCAUCGCCCCAGACUCACCGUACUCCUACACGAAGCUCCGCUCGGAAACGUUCCGUGGUGUGCUGACCAGCUUCGCCCUGCUUCCGCUCAACCGGAUGAUGCUCGUCGGCGGUGACAAUGGGACGAUCACGCUGCUGUGUUAGACGUUGACGAGGCUACGAUGUUAACGGAAAUAGCUGAUUAUUAUCGGUAGUGAUAUUAUUAUGAACAAAAACAAAACUUGCGUAUGAUUUAACACAUUUUCUUUUGGUUUGGCACGAGUGUCCUCAGGGAAGUGGGAACGUGUGUGGCCGUGUGUGCGCGCGUGUUGUGUAUGUGUGAGUGUGUAUUUACGUUGGCAAGACAAAUGCGUUUGAAAU